CCUCUCUCUCUCUGCAGCAUAUACAGUAUCACAGCUCAAUCCAUCCCGACCUGUGGUCUGGGUGCAGUGCGUAAUGAGCUCUGCGUCCCCGGGAUCCGCGCAUUAACGCCGCUGCGCGCAAAUCAAACCAAAAUCUUCGAGAAACAUGAAUCUGUCCUCAACGAACUCCUCUGCGUGGAAAGCGGAGUCCGUGCUUAUUUCCGUGGCUUUUUCCUUAAUCUUUCUACUCGGCAUCGCGGGGAACUCUCUGGUCCUCGCAGUUCUGUGUCGCAACGGCCAGAUGAGCACCAAGACGACCAACAUGUUCAUCUUCAGCCUGGGGAUGGCCGAUAUCUGCUUCAUUGUGUUCUGCGUGCCGUUCCAAGCGACCAUCUACACCAUGGAUCAGUGGGUGUUUGGUCCGGUGCUCUGUAGAGCUGUGCACUUCAUCAUCUUCCUCACCAUGUACGCCAGCAUCUUCACACUGACCGCCGUUUCCCUGGACAGGUAUUUAGCCAUAUGUUACCCACUCCGCUCCAGGCAGAUGAGGACUCCAAAGAACGCCCUCACCUCUAUCUGCCUAGUUUGGUUUUUGGCUUUGGUUUUCUCUGCACCUUACCUAAGCUACUUCUCCCAGAUGGACCUGGAUGGCAUUGUGCUGUGUAUUCCUGCCUGGGAGCCUAGACCUCGCUUCAUAAUGGACCUGUGCACCUUCAUCUUAGGAUAUCUCAUCCCUGUCCUGGUGCUCAGCCUCACAUACGCUCGUACCAUCCGCUACCUGUGGACCAGCGUGGAUCCAGUCAAAGACAAGACAGAGUCAAGGCGUUCCAAGCGUAAAGUCACCAAAAUGAUUUUGAUUGUGGCUGCGCUCUUCUGUCUCUGCUGGCUCCCUCAUCACCUCAUCAUCCUCUGCAUGUGGUUUGGACAUUUCCAGCUCAACCAUACAACAUACGCCCUGCGCAUCCUCUCCCACUUGGUAGCAUAUACCAACUCCUCCCUCAAUCCCAUUGUCUACGCUCUCAUCUCCAAGCAUUUCCGCAAAGAUUUUCAGAAGGUUUUCAGCUGCUCCGGGAAGAGGAGGGAGGAAAACAGGGUGCACGUUAUUCAGCCAGUAAACACAGUCAGCAACAUUGAGACGAGACCCUCAAAGGAAGAAGCAGCUUCCACUGCAACCUGACAGAGCAAGAAAAGCUCUGAGAUACAUCUCUCAAAAAUGAUACAAAUUGUAAAUAUUACUGAUGUUGCUGCUACUGAUAACUGGAAAUCAAGAGGACCAUGUCAUUUGGCCGACUCCAGAUUUAGGGUAUAUUUGGGAUUGUCUUGAACAUUAAAGAAAGAUCCAGACUGACUUUAUUUCUUAAUGUUGUUGAAAUUAUUCAGUGUUGGAGAAUGUUAGUUAUUUAUUGAUCACAAAAGAAAUAUUUAAAUGUAUUUACUGACUAACAUUUUGUUAUGCUUCGUGUUCUUCAGAUUUUUUCAACUUAGUUUAACAGUGAAAUAAAUCAAAGGCUGAGACUUGUUAACCUAAGUGCUUAAGUAGAACCCAGUUGGACUUCUUGUCUUACUUCUUGAAAAUGUUUUAUUGCUCAUCCAUUUGGAAACUAAAGAAUUAUUUUUCUAAGAGGUGAAAUUUCUUCAAGAAACAAGAGAAGAGUAGAGUAACCUUCUACUUAAGUGCUUAGGACAGUCAUGUUCUGAAUGGCUGAGAAUCUACAACAGUGUAAGGCUGGUUUACACUUUUACCAAAUUUGAGUCAGAACAAAAUUUUUGUCUUUUGUUCAAAUUAUGUAAGUCUCUUAAGAGUGAAUUGGUACAAAAUUAGAAUAAAGAUACGUUAUUUGUUAAUGAGUUAUAGUGGUGUGUUGGUAGGUACUUUGCUUUCAAGCUUUCCUGAUGUUCAGAUGACAUGCUGAUGAUACUGUUGUAUAUCUACAAUAAAAAACAAGCAGCUGGUUGCAGAAAACCUUUUAACUUUAAGAGCCAAGAUCUCAGACUGGUUCUGUAACUUAUGUUUACAUCAGAAAUUUUGUAAAACUGUGUGAAUGUUCUUUUCACAGUCUGUAAAUAGAAAUGUGAUUCUUUUAAGUACCUUCAGUCAGUAAUGUGUAAAACCAAUGGCAACAAGUUGUGAAUAGAAUUUAAGUGGAUCUGGUUAAAAUUUAGCCAUGAAAGAAAACAUUUCUAUUGAGGCUUCAAAGUUGUAAAUGAA